AAAGUUGAAAUUCACAAUAAUAAUUUUUUUUGACGGAUUGAUAAAUAAACAAUUUUUUAAAAUCUGAAAAUGCUUCAAUAACUUGUUUUCUGGUGGUGCUAACGGCGUCGCUAGAGUCCCUAUUCUCCGUCGUCUUCUUCUUUCAUCACCACCGCGACGCUGAUUCAAAUUGGAUCCGAUCCAGCGUUUGAACGCAUCAUCAAUGUCAGGGGCAGCUUCUGCUCUGUUCCUCCUCGACAUCAAAGGCCGCAUCCUCGUCUGGCGUGACUACCGCGGCGACGUCUCCGCCAUUGAAGCUGAGCGCUUCUUCACCAAAUUCAUCGACAAGCAGGCUGAUGAACAGUGUCAAGAUCCGGUUGUUUACGAUAACGGUGUUACGUAUAUGUUCAUACAACAUAGCAAUGUUUACCUUGCGAUUGCGGCGAGACAAAACUGUAAUGCCGCUAGUCUUAUUUUCUUCCUGCAUCGACUAGUUGAUGUGUUUAAGCAUUAUUUUGAGGAAUUAGAAGAAGAAUCGCUAAGGGAUAACUUUGUUGUUGUGUAUGAGCUACUUGAUGAAAUUAUGGACUUUGGUUACCCUCAAUAUACCGAGGCAAAGAUUCUUAGUGAGUUUAUUAAGACUGAUGCUUAUAGAAUGGAAGUUACUCAGAGACCUCCUAUGGCUGUGACUAAUGCAGUGUCCUGGCGAAGUGAAGGGAUUAGUUACAAGAAAAACGAGGUUUUCUUGGAUGUGGUGGAGAGUGUUAAUAUACUCGUCAAUAGCAACGGACAAUUAAUUAGAUCUGACGUUGUUGGGGCACUGAAGAUGAGAACAUUUUUGAGUGGUAUGCCUGAGUGUAAACUUGGUUUAAACGAUAGAGUGUUGUUAGAGGCACAAGGUAGAACAACCAAGGGAAAGGCGAUAGACUUGGAAGACAUCAAGUUUCAUCAGUGUGUUCGGUUGGCUCGAUUUGAAAAUGAUCGAACAAUUUCUUUCAUACCUCCUGAUGGGUCAUUUGAUUUGAUGACAUACAGACUCAGUACACAGGUUAAGCCUUUACUUUGGGUGGAAGCAACUGUUGAAAAGCAUUCAAAGAGUCGGAUUGAGAUUAUGGUAAAGGCUAGGAGUCAGUUUAAGGAACGUAGCACUGCCACAAAUGUUGAGAUUGAGUUGCCCGUGCCUGUUGAUGCAACCAAUCCUAACAUUCGAACGUCAAUGGGAUCUGCAUCAUAUGCACCUGAAAAAGAUGCGUUGAUCUGGAAAAUUAGAUCCUUCCCUGGAGGCAAGGAGUAUAUGUUAAGAGCGGAAUUUCGCCUUCCCAGUAUAACAGAUGAGGAAGCAACUCCUGAGAGAAAAGCUCCUAUACGUGUGAAAUUUGAGAUACCAUAUUUUACUGUUUCUGGAAUACAGGUUAGAUAUUUGAAGAUUAUUGAGAAGAGUGGGUAUCAGGCUCUUCCAUGGGUGCGAUACAUAACAAUGGCAGGAGAGUAUGAACUAAGGCUUAUUUAAGGUCCUCUAUCUGUUUUUGGUGAUUGUGUCACAUCCGCAAUGAUCAGCGACUUUAAACAUUUGGAUGAGGUCUGGGGCUCUUCAGAGAAGUUAAAAUUUAUUUGGCCAAAUGUCUAUCUCUUCAAGAUAAUCAUUUUGGCAACAGAUUGUAAGUUGCUCACUGUCUAUAAAGUUCACACCAAAAAUCAGGAAUUCGCAAACGAGCCUGUACCUCGUGUGCAAGUCCUUUCGCUCAAAUACGUUUAUGUGCAGAAAAUGUAUGUUUUUAAACCUCAUUUUGCUUUCAUUCACUAUCUGAUUUCAUCUUU